CGACGACUCUCGCCUCAACCAUUGGUAAACAUCACCCCAGGAAAACCUUCAGAGUUUAGUAGACAGACAGUAUUUUACAGGAGAGGCGUGUGAUAUGCUGUAGCAGGUACUUCAAGUCGCACAGGAAUCAUCUUCAGCAAGAUGUCUAUAUCAGCCAUAUACAUCCUUGAUGUUAAGGGCAAGGUGUUGAUAUCCCGGAACUACAGAGGGGAUGUCGACAUGGGAGUCAUCGAGAAGUUUAUGCCAAUGGUGCUGGAGAGGGAAGAUGAUGGCAACAUGGCUCCCAUCAUACAGACCCAGGAGGCAACCUUUUGCUUUGUUAAAGUAAGCAACCUGUAUGUUGUCUCGGCCACUCGGAUAAAUGCAAAUGUGACGUUGGUGUUCGCUUUCUUACACAAACUUGUAACAGUUGCCCAAGAAUACUUCAAGGAGCUGGAGGAGGAGAGCAUCAGGGACAACUUUGUUAUUAUAUAUGAGUUGCUGGAUGAGCUGUUGGAUUUUGGUUACCCACAAACCACCGAUGGAAAGAUCCUUCAGGAAUACAUCACUCAAGAGGGCCACAAACUAGAAAUUGCUCCUCGACCCCCCAUCGCUGUGACCAAUGCUGUGUCGUGGCGCUCAGAGGGCAUCAAGUACCGCAAGAAUGAAGUCUUUCUGGACGUUAUUGAGGGUGUUAACCUUUUAGCAAAUUCAAAUGGUAAUGUUCUUCGUAGUGAAAUUGUAGGGAGUAUCAAGAUGCGUGUGUAUCUCUCGGGGAUGCCAGAGCUGAGGUUAGGGUUGAACGAUAAAGUGUUGUUUGAGUCGACUGGCCGAGGCAAGAGCAAGAGCGUAGAAUUGGAGGAUGUCAAGUUCCACCAGUGUGUCAGACUCUCAAGGUUUGAGAAUGACCGAACCAUCUCCUUUAUUCCCCCCGAUGGCGAGUUUGAGCUCAUGUCCUACCGUCUCAACACACACGUGAAACCACUAAUCUGGAUUGAGUCUGUGAUAGAGCGCCACGCCCACAGCAGAGUGGAGUAUAUGGUCAAAGCCAAGUCCCAGUUCAAGAGACGGUCAACAGCCAACAACGUAGAGAUCAUUAUUCCGGUGCCCAAUGACGCAGACUCUCCCAAAUUCAAGACAUCUAUCGGGUCUGUCAAGUACACCCCCGAGAAGAACUGUGUGGUGUGGACAAUUAAGUCUUUCCCCGGUGGCAAGGAGUACCUGAUGCGGGCUCACUUUGGGUUACCCAGCGUAGAAGGAGAGGACGUGGAGGGUAAGCCACCCAUACAGGUCCGCUUUGAAAUACCAUAUUUCACUACUUCAGGAAUCCAGGUGAGAUAUCUGAAGAUUAUUGAAAAGUCUGGGUAUCAAGCACUUCCCUGGGUACGAUACAUCACCCAGAACGGUGACUACCAGUUGAGGACGCACUAAGCUUCUACAACAGAUUAUUGACAACUUUUGCCAGCUGACAAAAUUAACAACAUCCAGACAACCAGGAUAAGAAGUCACUGCUGCAUGACCCUCACUGUCUCACCUUCCCUGUCAUACUGAAGCCUCAUAUUGUGUCCACCACUUCCUGGACUAUCUUAAAGAAGUCACAGUUUUAAAUCCAAAAGAAUCGGCAUCUUGAUUUCUUUCGUGUGAUAAUGAAAAAUAAUCUCGACUCAUCUGAUACUUUGUCAACAUGUUGCUCGUAGCUCGUGAUGACUUGAACUGUAACACUUUAGUAACUUCAUACGUCCAUUCUCUCAUCUCCUCCUCCUCCAUGAAACAUCAUUAAUCGUGGUAUUUUACUUUGCCUAUAAUUUUCUUCAUCUGACGGACUAAUCUUUCCACGGCACUUAUACUUUCAAGAGACACCAGACAUUUGAGGUAUUGUACCAUUAGAUUUUAUCAUGAUUGAAUUUUUAUUUGUCCUAGGUUGAUAAAGGAAGCUUCCUGGGGCUGCAAGUUGUUCAGGUCAUGUACUGUACUGGGUCAACUCAGCUGUGGGUUUAUGACUCAAUAUUGGCUCAUUUUAUAGUGAUAAUUAAAAUGACUACUUUUUAUAAGAAACUUGAAUACAGAUUAUAUAUUUAUCAAACUAUAUUUUUCCUGUCUCUUGGCAUGUGUACUGUUGGGUAAGUUUUUGCAGUUGAGUUGACCUUUUGAAUUACCGGCCGGUUAUUAUGCCAUUUGAGAAAAACUUGGUGAAAUAUUUGAUAUGCGGGUCAUUGUUCUCACCUGAUAUUAGCAAGUUGUUAAUGAGUAUCUUAAUUUCUAUACAAAGAAACGUGCAGUGUUAGCAUUUCUUAGCAUAGACAGAAACUGUGUUACAUUCCAGUUAGUGUAAUGGAUCAUUUCUUAUUUGAGAUGUUAAAGAAAAUUCAUAAGAUACAUUUUAUGAUUAAUUACAUCUUGAUGAUGUGUUUGUUCAUGUGCUGGACAGUAAGGUGUUUUAUAUUAUUUUCCUCUGUAUUACCUUGAACUUUGAGGAAAUAUUUACUAUGUUCAAGAAAUGUUUCAGGUUUACAUAAUGAAUAGCAUGGACAGCUUCCCUUCAAAUGAAAAUGAAAAAUUCACCAACUUCACCCAAAGGUUAAUAUACAUAAUUUUUCACUGUAUAUUGUCUUUGGUUAUUAUAUUUAUAUAUUUAUAUAUAUAUAUAUAUAUAUAUAUAUACUGUAUAUAUAUAUAUAUAUAUAUAUAUAUAUAUAUAUAUAUAUAUAUAUAUAUAUAUAUAUAUAUAUAUAUAUAUAUGCCUUUAUUUAUAUAUUUAUGAGCUCUUGAUAUGAGACCUGAGUAGAAAUUGGAGAGCAUAGCCACAGGGUCGAUCAGUUGUACCACCAAUAUGAUCUCUAUUGUGGGUUUUGUUAUGGAACAUAUAGGUGGCACCAUUAGAGCUCCCGUUAAUCCCCUGUUCAUGCUUCUGACAAUUUUCCAUCCGAGAUGAAUUUCAUUUUCAUUUUUUUAAAGGACAUUGAAAUGCUGUCCACGUGUAUUAGCAACGAAUUUAUGUAUGAUUCACGUAGGUAUUUUAACAUUUUGUGUAGUAAUUGUUGUAUAUAUGAUAAUGAAUUCUUUGUUUUAAUGACUGGGGGAUGUUUAGGAUUGGAUUUCAUUUCUUGUAGAGCUUUUUGCUAGUUGUGAUGAAGGUUAGUGCAGGAUGCUUGUGUAUUAUGUAUGUAAAUUUUUGCCAACGAUAUAUUUUGCCUCUAGGAGUUGCCGCCUCAUUACGUCUUUGCUAUUUAUCUACAUUAGAGUUUUUGUUAAAUUAUUCUUCACUUGGUUUUGUGCCGAGAGACAUCUGCUAAUAUUGCUUACUUGAAUUGGUUUUGCAAAAUUGUUCAUUGUUAAUAUUUGACCAUCAAUAAAUCAAGACUUUGA